AUGGCAUCUUCAAGCUUAGUGGGAAGCAGGAGCAAUAUCCGAUCACGAUGGAAAGAAUUAAGGGCAACAUGCUUUUGUGAAGACCCCAUUAGUAAGUGGACAUCAUGUAGGCCAAUAAGCCCUGGCAGGAGGUUCAUCGGUUGCCCUAAUUUUUGGGAUGAGGAAAAAGAUUGCAAGUAUUUUUCUUGGGUCAAUCCCCCAUUACCAAAUAACUGGUAUAGAAACAUGUUGAUGAAUUUUCAAAAUAAUGGCAUUCAAGUAGACAAUGAAUUCGUGGAAGACGCUGUGGAUUUUCACAAAAAUAGCAUUCAAGAGGUUCCUGUACAAGGUGAAGGUGAAAAAUAG